AUGAUACUCACACAUAUCCAUCUCCUACUAGGGAUAAUACUAUCGUUAUUCAUUCUACCUACAAAUGGUGCCUUUAUUAAAGCUCAAACUUGUAAUUUAGUGGAUUCAGGAUUCAAAAUAGCUCCAUUUGUCAUCGAUGCUGCCUUAGACGAAGCCAAUCAAAAAUUGAAAUUUUUAUUAAAUACAAAAGUUACAUCAUUUGAUAAUGUUUCAGAUACAACCAUUCAAAUAUCUGAUGUUAAUGCAACUACUAAUAGAUAUACAACUUUCCAUAUUGAAAUUGAUUUCAUGGGAAAGAAUUUCAUAACUGAUAAUAAACGAUUCUGUGAUAUGCUUGCGGUGAAGAAUAAUACUCAAUAUCAAGAAAGUCCAAGAUUCCCCUAUAAUGAUCCUUUAUUAGAAUUGGCUCAAUCAUCUUCAUCUUCAACUUCAACUUCCCCUAUCCCGACACAAGCACCUGGAAUCCUACCUGAACCAUUUAACACCACCAUCAAUUCUAAACGAUUUUAUAAACGAGACAAUCCGUUUUAUUUCAAACAAUUUAAUAAUACUAAUUUCGCAACUUCAAAUACAACCAUUGAACGAAUCUUUUCAAAUGCAACUGGUGGAUUAAUUCAAUGUCCGUUAUUUAUCAACGAUUCACUUUUAUUAUAUUAUGAAGCUGAUAUUAGUCAACAUUUUCAUAGAUUGGGAUCUUACCUGGUACGAUUUUCAGUCGUUUCAAAUGAUGAUAGUUCUCAAGUAAUCGGCUGUAACAAGGCUUAUAUUACUCCAGUUCAACCUGAAUCUGUCUCGACCGUUUUAUUAUUAGGGAUCUUGAUUUUAUUAGUUGUCACUGCCAUCAUUAAUAUUAUAACUAUCACUUAUUCAUCAUUUCAAGAAUCUUCAAAUCCAUUAUUAUUCAGAGCUUCAACUAUUUGUAAUGAAGAAUUAUUACGACAAUUAGAUGCCUCUGUUCCAAGAAUCAUCAUUUAUUUACAAUUUGCGCUAUUCAUCGGUGGAUUAAAUCUCCAAUAUCCGGGGUUUUAUCAACCUUUAAUUGGUCAAAUUAGAUGGUGUGCACUUCUAGGAGUUUCAUUAAUUAAUAGAUCCGAUGGUGGACCUCAAAGAAUUACAAAACAAGAUAAUGUAUAUACCACCAUGAAUGUGAGUGGAUUGAAAUCACUUACUUUGUUUUCCAGUGAUGAAUCGAUUGUGGCAAAUUGGCCGAACUUUAUAUUAACGUUCAUUAUAGUGGUUGGAAUUGUAUCUGUUGCACAACAAUUAUAUAUGUUUGUCAGAUACAUUGUACUUAAAUUGGUUGAAAGAUAUUCUGAUUCGAAUGUGUUGAUGAAUAGACAAGCUCCUCUGUCUUCGUAUUCAUUAUUUGAAAAAAAUCCAAAUUAUUUAUUACAAAAAUCCCAAUUCUCCUUUAAAAAGCAUUUAUAUUUAAUGUUGGGUCAAGUGAUCGAAGGGUUCUUGCUUGUUUUUGCAGUUCCAUUCUUGGUUUUAACUACAUAUAUGUUUUCCAGGGCUGACGAUAUUAAAAAGAAGGGGUUCAGACCACUUUUAAAUCCUAAUGCUUUACAAUAUGAAGCAUUUUCUGAAACAAGUUCUUAUGAUCAAUUAUUCUUACCAUUACCUAUCAAUGCUACUUUUUCGUCAACUACACCUACCCCUAAUUUCUUCAAUAAAUUCAAUUUAACAGGUUUAAACAACCAUCCUCCUAAGUUUAAUUUCACUAAUACGUUACUUGGUGCUAACUCAAGUUAUUUCAAUGCUACUAAUUUCCCAAAACCUCCACCAAUGAAUUCUCAAACCACACCGAAUGUAGCCAUUGCCAUUGGGUCGAUAUUAUUUGCUUGUUGGAUUGGAUUAUCAUUCUUUUUCAUUUUUAAUUACUUGUUAGCCGUUAAUCAUCAUAAGUUACAAAAGAAUAGAAAAGUUUCAAAAUUAUAUACAUCUAUGAAAUCAAUCUUAUUAUGGUCGUUCUUCUAUAAUCAUUAUAAACCCACACGAGUGUUUUAUGUCAUUUAUGAUAUAUUUUCGUUAUUAACGAAACUGUUAAUCAUUGGAUUAUUACAAUCUUAUGGAUCAAUCCAAGUAGCGUGUUUGAUUAUUUUAGAAUUCAUAGAUUUGGUGUUUUUAUUUGCAUUUAAUCCUUAUUUUGUUAAAUUCUCUUGGAUCUCAUCAAGGUGGAUUUUACCAGUGGCAAGAUUCUUCGUCACAGUGUUAUGCAUACCCUAUAUUCCACAAUUACAAUUAAGUGAAGCAGCAAGAACUUAUGUUGCUUAUGUACAACUUUUAAUUCAUUGUGUCGUGGCUUUCAUUUUUAUCGUUCAAUUAUUCUAUGGAUUUACAAGAACUAUCUUAUCGAUCAUUAAAUUUCAUAAGGAAAGAUUACAAUAUAAAAAAUAUAGCGGUAAGUUACAUAACGUCAAUAGUGUUGAUGAUAUUAAUCGAGAAUUCGAAUAUAAACCAGUUAAUGACAUCACCAAUAGAAUCGAUUCAGUGUUAAGAAGACCUCCACCACCAAGUAAUUAUCAACGAUUAUUACUGCGAUCUAAUGGGUCGGCUAAUUAUUCGUUGAAUGAAAAACAAGCCGCUGAAUAUGAUGCUGGUGCUGAUACGGAUAAGACUCAAGAUUGUAAUAAUUUUAAUGAUGAAGUUGAUGAAGAAAAGUUUUAUUUCAGAGGAGUUGGUGUUGAUCAAGAGGUUCUGAGAAUUUAUAAUGCCAAAUCGAAAGUGAACUCCUCUGAUAAAGUGAGAUUAAAGAGAGAUUAUUCUGAUUUAACUUUAUCAAAUGAAAAUAUUCAUCAAUUCUUGCCUGAUUCAAGUUUAUUGGAAUUAAAAGAUGAGGAUAAUGAUAAUGAUGAUAAAUUCUCAUUUGUAAUUGAUUCAGAUUUACAAUCAUUCACAAGACAAGAAAAAUUCUCAAACUUGAGAAAACAACGUACUGAUUAUAGAGUUCGUGAAGGUGAUAAUAUUUAUAAAAAGUAUUUCAUUGAUGAUGAGAUUGAUCCUGAAAUCAAAGCGUUGUGGGAAUCAAGAAACAAUUGGGGUGAACAAUCACAAUCACAUUCUCAAACACAAUCUCCAGCACCAGAAUCAAGACAACAAAUACUGCCACCAGAACAACAAAGACAAAAAGUUGCAGCUGCACUGACAAUACUUCCAUUUAAAUCAUUAUUUAAGAAGAAAUCCUUAAAACAAGACCAUGUUGAAAGAGGAUUUCAAGUUUCAAGACCAAAGCAGUUGGUUGUUAGAACCAUUGAAGAAAUCCACGCACAAGCUGAAGCUAGAAGACAACAACAAAUACAACAUCAAGAAGAUGAGAAGGCUGAUUCCAUUAUUAACGAUGAAUAUAACGGCAGCACUAGCUUUGACAAUAAUCCUAGCAGUUCUUCAUCUUUUGUAUCAGCGGAAUCUGGAAGAAUUCUUACUGUUACAAAUAAUGAACAAUAA